GCCCCGCCCCCCCGCCGCCCAUGUUCAGUGGACCCACCGACCGCGCUGAGCUCAUCGCUUCCCGGACCGACAGGCGACCAGAAGCCGGCGUUCAGAACCCCGACAGCAGCCAGGAACCGGGGCCGGUACACGGUGGAGAACCGUGAGGAACCCUGUACCCCGCCUGGACCUGAGACCAAGCAGAGCGUGUGUGGGCCCGGUUCUGCCUGGUUCUGCCUGGUUCUGCCCGGUUCUGCCCGGUUCUGCCUGGUUCUGCCCGGUUCUGCCCGGUUCUGCCUGGUUCUGCCUGGUUCUGCCCGGUUCUGCCCGGUUCUGCUUGGUUCUGCCCGGUUCUGCCCAGCAGCUGACCCAGGAUCUGCGGUUCCGUAAUCCCCCUAAGAGGUUUAGCGGGCUAACUCUGGACCUGCAGCCAUGAUGCAGAUAUCUGAGUCCUACAACCAGAGGAAGUCUCUCUUCACCGCCAUGAGCCGCUUCAUCGGCGCCGUCAACAACAUGGACCAGACGGUGAUGGUUCCCAGCCUGCUGCGGGACGUUCCGCUGGGGGAACCCCAGGACCCCCAGGGGCCGGGGGCCGCCCCCUCCACCGGGGGGGCCGUGUACUUCCAGCCAGACGGGGACAUGUACAGCUCCUACGUUCUGCUCAAGUCCAUCCGCAACGACAUGGAGUGGGGCGUCCUGCGGGGCGCCGAGCGGCCCCCAGACCCGGCGGGGGACCGGGCGGGGGACCGGGCGGGGAACCCAGCGGGGAACCCGGCGGGGAACCCGGCGGGGGACCGGGCGGAUGGCGAGGAUGAGGACCUGGAGAAGCAGUUCCACUUCCACCUGAACGGACUCCACGCCGUCCUGUCCAAGCUGACGCACAAAGCCAACACUCUGACCAACCGCUACAAGGAGGAGAUCGGCUGCAGGAACUGACCGCCGGUUCCCCGGGGCGCCGUGCCGGAACCUGCCGCCCGGCCGAGCGUGAACCCCCCCAGGCACCGGGGCCUCCUGUAGGGCCCAGAACCAGUUAGUGUAGCUCAGAGACCGACGGUGGGCCGGUUCUUCUAGACCUCUGCAGCACUUCUCUGGGAUGUUCCUGCUGGAGAACAGGUGUUCCUGCUGGAGAACAGGUGUUCCUGCUGGAGAACAUGCGUUUCUGCUGGAGAACAUGCGUUUCUGCUGGAGAACAUGCAUUUCUGCUGGAGAACAUGUGUUUCUGCUGGAGAACAUGCGUUUCUGCUGGAGAACAUGCGUUUCUGCUGGAGAACAUGCAUUUCUGCUGGAGAACAUGUGUUUCUGCUGGAGAACAUGUUUAUAAUGCUGGAGAACAUGUUUAUGAGGCAGGAGAACAUGCAUUUCUGCUGGAGAACACGAGUUCCUGCUGGAGAACAGGUGUUCCUGCUGGAGAACAUGCGUUUCUGCUGGAGAACAUGCGUUUCUGCUGGAGAACAUGCAUUUCUGCUGGAGAACAUGUGUUUCUGCUGGAGAACAUGUUUAUAAUGCUGGAGAACAUGUUUAUGAGGCAGGACAACAUGCAUUUCUGCUGGAGAACAUGUGUUUCUGCUGGAGAACAGGUGUUCCUGCUGGAGAAUAGGAGUUCCUGCUGGAGAACAGGGGUUCCUGCUGGAGAACAGGUGUUCCUGCUGGAGAAGAACACGAGUUCCUGCUGCAGGAGAACACGAGUUCCUGCUGGAGAACACCAGUUCCUGAGGCUGGAGAACUCGAGUUCCUAAUGCAGGAGAACAUGUGUUCCUGCUGCUGGAGAAUAGGAGUUCCUGAUGCUGGAGAACACGAGGUCUUGAGGCUGGAGAACACGUGUUACUGUUGCAGGAGAACGUGUUCCUUCAUGACAAUGGGCCGGUUCUUCCAGACCUCAGGGAGAACAUGUCCUUCCCUUUGCUCCUCCUGGUGUUCUGAUGUUUAUAAGGAGCAGAACUGGAGAGAACCCAGUAACGAGUGCAGGGAGAACCCACAGGAGUCCGAUACGUUCAGGUUCCUCGUCGCUGCAGUGAUCUACAAGUGUCCUUGAACGCACCGUCUGCUCUCUGGACGUUCUGCAGACGGAGGCCCGUUAGCUUGUGCUGAAGAACCCGGACUGGGCCGGGCGGUUCCUCCAGGUGUCCCGUCAUGCUGUAAACUGAACUAUGCAAAGAUGCUGGUAGCAGAACCCGACUGGAACCCCCAGUCGGUUCCCUGACGCACAAACACCAGAAGUCUUUAGUCCGCCAACCUCAGCGAGAACCAAAAGAGAACCGGGAACCGCAGAGCGGACUUUUCUGUCUGUAGCUGGAGGAACGUGGGAAAGGUUCGACCGUCAUCAGAACGUUCUUUGACAGAUAAAACUGGGCUGAGGGCACUUUUAGAACCUAGAUCCAAAUGGGUUCUGUUCAGCUCGGUUGGUACAUCUUCUAUGAUGAAGGUGAUCUAGAACGUCUCCUGAUGAAAGCUGAAAGCCAGCAGCGGGUCAGAACCCUCUAAAGCAGCUAAAUUAGAACGACCCAAAGCUGAAGGGUUCCUGCGGUUCCUCUGGCUCUAGAACGGGGUUUGGUUCUGGCAGCUUUGGAUGUUUUUAUUUAAUGUCCAGCUUGGUAAUAAAAGGUUCUGAUGAAAUCUU